CUUUUCUGCCUGAAAGAUCACAUAUGUUUGCUUUGAUUUUUUUUAACUCCUGUUUACUGCAGACUAGUGGCUCAUUAUAUGGUGCAUUGAUAGGUUCAAUUUUGGCUUUUAAUGUUGCUGACUUCCUUGGAAGAAGAAGAGAGUUGAUUCUUUCCUCUACAUUUUACCUCAUUGGAGCUCUGGUGACGUCCUUAGCACCUAAUUUUGCUGUUUUGGUGAUUGGGCGUCUUCUUUAUGGUAUCGGAAUUGGAUUGGCAAUGCAUGCUGCUCCCAUGUAUAUAGCUGAGACAGCUCCAAGUCAGAUACGAGGACAGCUAAUUUCUCUCAAAGAAUUUUUCAUAGUCCUUGGGAUGCUACUGGGUUAUAUAGUUGGUAGCCUUUUGGUUGAGACUGUUGCUGGUUGGCGUUACAUGUAUGGAGUUAGUAUCCCUUUAUCACUUAUAAUGGGGAUUGGAAUGUGGUGGCUACCUGAAUCACCUAGAUGGAUUCUACUACGUGCCAAACAGGGAAAAGGAAAUGUUCAAAGUUUAAGAGAAAAUGCCAUAACUUGCUUGUGCCGUUUAAGAGGUCAAAAUAUCAGUGAUUCAGCUCCUAAACAAGUAGAUGAAAUUCUGUCUGAGCUUUCUCAUGUGCGUGAAGAACAAGAAGCAAAAAUAGCAGAAAUGUUCCAGGGGAAAUGCUUGAAAGCUCUUAUAAUAGGUGUAGGCCUAGUCUUGUUUCAACAGAUAACGGGGCAACCUAGUGUAUUAUAUUAUGCUGCAACAAUUUUUCGGAGUGCAGGAUUUUCUGCAGCAUCUGAUGCAACAAAGGUCUCAAUACUUCUUGGGUUUUUGAAGCUGAUUAUGACUGGAGUAGCAGUUCUGGUUGUUGAUAGAUUAGGGAGAAGACCUAUGUUACUUGGUGGUGUUUCUGGUAUGGUAAUAUCUCUAUUUCUUCUGGGGUCUUAUUAUACUUAUCUAGAUAAUAUACCAGCUGUGGCUGUUGCUGCUUUGCUGUUAUACGUUGGAUGUUACCAGGUAUUUAUAACCCUUUUCUUUUCUUUUCUUUUUUUUUUUGGGGAAUAAUUACCUAGUUUGUGUGGAUGCAUUCUUUUGUUUAUUUAAAUGCAAUUAAAAUGGCUUAAUUUUAGUUUGCCAAAAUAGGAUAGCAUUGUCACAUACAUUUGCUAUAGGAGAAGUACCAGGUAAAUUUGUUUUUAUGAAUCUCUCAAGAAA